AUGAUCGAAUGUAUCACAGAACUGGAAGCUACAACAGUUAAAGAUCCGGACAAUGGUGUAAGUUCGUGGUAUGGAGGAAGUAAAAUUGCAUUUUCCGCAUUUCUCAGCAAACGAUACGAUCUUCUUGGAAAAGGACAACACGUGAAAUUCGACAAAGUGUUACUGAAUGAUGGGGACGGGUAUGAAGCAAUAACAGGAGUGGUCAGAACACAGACGACUGGAGUUUAUGUUUUUACAUACGCCAUAGCACAGAGAAAUACAAAUGAGGUCCGUGUUAAUCUUAUGUACAACGGUAACAUUGUCAAUGGAGCUAUUGCGGAAGGUAUGCACACAUAUCAUGAUGCUCAGGGUACAAAUACUGCAAUAAUACAUGUGGCUAAGGGAAAGCCAGUUUGGAUUGAGGCUGCAUCACAAGGUGCUCUGGAGGGAAACGAUGGUGACGGCCGAUAUACUACAUUCAGUGGUUUCUUGUUGUACGCUAGAAAUUAACUUUGAUUGAUAUGAGACUAACAUUACUCCAAACAAAAGUUCUUGGACAUUUCCUGUUUGAGAGACAAAAUUCUUGAGUAAACCUUUAUUCUGAUAGUGGCCAAUUCAUACUUAAUGUUUCUUAAAUUAUUGAUAAAGCAAUUAAGUAAAAUACUUUUCUUGAAAUAAACUUUUAUCACAAAA